AAAAUCCCUAAUUGCCCAGGAGAAGACGGCAACGGAACACCCAACGCAUAAAUCAAACCCUACGUUCCCAUAUUCUUAUUCUUCGCGAAUUUCAAUUGCGUCCAAGCAAAGCUUCUGCAGCCCAAAUUUCUCGGCUUUAUACGUGAUUUGCUUUUGGAGAUCUCUCAUUCGGAUUUGCUCGGGAGAGAGGGAGAAAAAAAACCAUGAUUCUGAGCCAAACAAUCGCCACGGAGGCUGAGAUUAGGGUUCUUGACGUUAAGUGUCAUGUUUCCGUCGGCAAAGAGCAGAACAAUUUUCAGAUCGGCGAAGUUCGUGUCGCUGGGUCGACAUGUGCUGAGAUUUCGGGUUCUGCUGAAUCGCUUCAAUUCGAAUCGGUCAUGAGUUGCUCUGCAACUACUAUCGGAGAACCUGUCGCUGCUUUUGUCCCUGUGUUACGUUCUGGAAGUUUUGCUGACAUCGGCUGCCGAGACUCCAUGGAUGACGAACACAUAUGCAUAGACGAUCUCUCAGCUCAUCUUGGAUCUAAUGUCUUCAAUCUUUCGGUUCCUUGUGCUUUCUACGGCGUGUUUGAUGGCCAUGGCGGACCCGAGGCAGCACUUUACAUGAAAGAGAAUGCAACAAGACUGUUCUUUCAUGACGCCGAUUUUCCUGAAAUGCCCUCCAUCAUGAAUGCCGUUUUCUUGAAAGAGCUUGAGAAUUCUCAUCGGAAAGCUUAUCUCUUGGCUGAUCUCGCCAUGGCUGACGAAAGCAUUGUGAAUGGCUCAUGUGGGACAACAUCCUUGACAGCCCUUGUAAUUGGACAGCACCUAUUGGUCGCUAACACUGGUGAUUGCCGUGCAGUGCUCUCCCGGAAAGGAGUGGCUGUCGAGAUGUCAUUUGAUCACCGGUCGACAUUCGAGCCAGAACGCAAGCGGGUACAGGAUUUAGGAGGAUACUUUGAGGAUGGAUAUCUCAACGGGGUUCUGGCUAUCACCCGGGCCCUCGGGGACUGGGAAAUGAAGAAGUUUCCUCCCUUUGGCACCUCUUCUCCCCUAAUCCCUGAACCGGACGUUCAACAGAUCAUUCUUGGAGAGGAAGACGAGUUCUUGAUUCUGGGAUGUGAUGGCAUAUGGGACGUGAUGUCGAGCCAGUAUGCUGUUAGUCUUGUCAGACAAGGGCUCCGGAGGCAUGACGACCCGAGAAAAUGCGCGAUGGAGCUUGUGAAAGAGGCGAUGAGGCUUGACUCUUCGGACAAUCUAACGGCCGUGGUUGUGUGCUUCUCUGCUGUCAAACCUCUGACCCAGCCAACGCAGAGAAGGAAAUCACGGUUCUUCGUUUCUGAUGAAGCCCGGGUUCGGUUACAGGCCUUGCUAGGAGGCAACUGAUGAGAGUUCUGGCGGUGUGUGUAUAUAUAUCAGCACAGAUUCUUUGGCCCAAUUGAAGAUAAUUUUGCUGACAUUACUUCUCUGAUUCAAGGCGGGAUAAAAUGGAAUAAAAAGAAAACAAGAAGAGAAGACAUUUUUGUUAUGUGUUUCGUUUUUUUCUUGAUCUUGUUUGUGGCUGUUUCAGAGAGAGAGAGAGAGCAGAGACAAAGAUUCCUAAAGUUUUGGUAGUUUUGUUGCGGAGGACAUAAACACAAACUGAUGCGAGGAAUUUAAGUUGAGGUUUUCAUCGGAUGUUGCCUGUUGUGAUUCCUCUGAGGAUU